AUGAAGCUGAAUGUAGUCGUUGCACUGUGUGCUCUGUUCACUCUCACCCAACAGGCAUCCUCAGGUGAAAAGUGUACAUGCGACGUCCGUAAUACGGAGAAGGAAUUCCCUCACGGCAAACUCAAAACCGUGGAAAACAAUGUGAAGGACUGCAACAGCCGAAUCACAUCACAGAAGGUCUUGGAGCUGGAGAGUCUUCUGCUGGGACUGAAGCUGCGCCUUCACCAGCUGAACAAGGACGUGUCCGUCCUGGAGAAGGAGGAUGACGGACAGCUGUAUGGAGUUCUCAACCUGUAUGUUAUAGAGAAUGAAAUGGUUGAGAUCAAUCAGCUGAUAGACAAGCUCAACGGGACCACUCUUAGACACCAGCUCCUCACUGCUGACUCCAUUCAUCAGUUAGAGGAGCUGAAAAUAGAAAUGCAGGAGCUGGAACAGUUUGACACCAUGCAGGUGGUGAGAGGACGACUUGACAACCAGCGUCUAAAGAAUGACCUGAACUUGUGCAGAAAAGGACUUACUUCAGCGGCUCCUAUUCAGCUAAAGUAUGGUACCUGUCCUCUGGGUCAUGUUCAAAAUAUCACGGGACCAAGAGUGUACACGGAGGGAGAGUAUCCGGGGUCGUACUCAUAUGGAGCCUGGGGUCGGGAUCCCAAACCAGAGGCAGGAAAAGAGAGCUGGUAUUGGUUGGUAAUGUUGACAUCCAGAAACAGAUACUCCAACUACGUCCGUCUCUACUCCGGCCUGAGUGCUCUCAUCAGUGGCGUCAGCGUCCCAGGCAAUGUCGAGAUCCACUCUUCCAACCCAACCACCAACACCAUCCAGGGUCCAAAUGUGGUUCUGUAUGGAGGAGUUUUGUACUACAACUGCUACAAUGAAUAUUCUAUUUGUCGUUUCAACCUCACCGGCAAAAGUAUUACAAAGUUAGAACUAACCAAAGGCACCAGGUAUAAUUCAAAGGGUAACUUCUGCCAUCUUGAAGAAUGCUACCCAUUUACCGACCUGGACCUGGCCACAGAUGAGUCCGGGGUCUGGGUGAUCUACACCACCAACCAGGACUUUGGAAACCUGGUUCUGUCCAAGGUGGAGGAUGAACCACUGAGACUCGGCCAAACGUGGUAUACUUCGGUCUACAAGCAGAGCGUGACCAACACCUUCAUGGCAUGCGGCAUCCUUUACGCUACACGCUAUGUCAGCAAAAACCUGGAGGAGAUCUUUUACUCCUUCGACACCACAACGGGGAAGGAGAAUUUCAAUGUUGGCAUCUUCAUGAACAAGAUGGCUGCCAACGUUCUUUCUCUGAACUACAGUCCAGUGGACCAGAUGCUGCAUGCCUACUGUGAUUCCCACAUGGUUUCUUACAAGGUCUUGUUUGAGUAACUGGAUAAUUAUUUUCCUUUGGCACAUCCAUUCAAACAAUGGGUUUGAAUAUCAGCAAGAUGCUUUACAAAUAGUGUAACGUUUGCGCAAAUCCUACUAACUUCGACAAUACACAAACAAUCUCAUUGUCUUCCACUUCCACCAUGUUCAUUAAAUAAAUUCUCUCCUCUUUACUUUGCUGUUUGCAAAUGAAAAAGGGAAAAGCACGGAUUAUUUGACGGUUUGUAUUCUCAGCUUGCCGUCUGUUAACUUGUGC